CCUGGUAGAACGGUACGCCCCUUGCGCGAUGAUGGGGCGGGGCCGCAGGCUGCAAGUUUCGUGCGCCGCGCGCGACCGCUGAUUGGAAAGCCGAGCACCCGCUCUGCAAAGAUGCUGCGGGCAGGACCACCUACCGCCGGCUCAUUCCAGACGGGAGAAGUCCACACCGGGACAACCAUCAUGGCGGUGGAGUUUGACGGGGGUGUCGUGGUGGGCUCUGAUUCCCGGGUGUCAGCAGGAGAAGCAGUAGUGAACCGCGUGUUUGACAAGCUCUCCCCUCUGCACCAGCGCAUCUACUGUGCCCUCUCAGGUUCUGCGGCUGAUGCCCAAGCCAUAGCUGACAUGGCCGCCUACCAGCUGGAGCUACACGGGUUGGAAUUAGAGGAGCCGCCCCUCGUUCUGGCUGCUGCGAACGUGGUGAAGAACAUCUCCUACAAGUACCGUGAUGACUUGUUAGCACAUCUCAUAGUAGCUGGUUGGGACCAACGUGAGGGGGGCCAGGUGUACGGAACCAUGGGAGGGAUGCUAAUUCGACAGCCCUUUACCAUCGGUGGUUCCGGAAGCUCCUACAUUUACGGUUAUGUGGACGCAGCUUAUAAACCAGGCAUGACCCUUGAGGAGUGCCAGCAUUUCACCACAAAUGCCAUCACUCUGGCCAUGAACCGAGAUGGCUCUAGCGGGGGCGUCAUCUACCUGGUCACCAUUACAGCUGCUGGUGUGGAUCAUCGAGUCAUCCUGGGAGAUGAGCUGCCAAAAUUCUAUGAUGAGUGACUGAUCCCACAGUCCCUCCCUUGUUUGUAAUAAAACUGUAUGGAACCAGA